AGUGUUUUUCCGUGUCUUAUUUUUAACUGUAAAUCGUAAAUUUAAACAUGACGCGAAAGAAAUGAAGAGUUCGCCACCUAUCAACGUAGAUGCACGGUAAACGAUGGCUGCUGCAUAUAAAUUAUUUUUUUAAAUACUCCUAGUAUCUAACAAUGGAAUAUGGAACUGAAAUUAAUAACAUAGAGGACAUUGAAUGUCUUGAACCCGAUGAGUUCACGGCAAAACGUUGCAGAUUGGCUCGUAGGCAGGCCGUUCAAUCGAAAAAACUGUGUGCCAAAGAGGAAAGAAAUGCGUCUAUAAAAAAGGUAUCCCUAAUCCUGCAAAAACCUCAAGAAGAACGCAGUGGCGAGGACUUGGAAGUCCUUCGCGAGUCCAAAGACGUGAUCAACGAAGUCCAAGAGAGAUGGAGGAAGAGAGAUGAAGCCAAACGUAGGCUGGAAGAAUUUGAGGACCCAGAAGAUGUGUUAAGGGAGAAAUGUCAAACUUUAGCUCAGGCCAUUGCUCAGUCACAACACCUGGUCAUUUACACUGGGGCAGGCAUCAGUACUGCCGCAAAAAUUCCAGAUUACAGAGGCCCAAAUGGCAUUUGGACAAGACUACAAAAAGGAGAAGAAAUUGGUGAUCAUGAUUUAACGCUGGCGAAACCGACUUACACUCACAUGGCGUUGUCGGAACUGUACCGACGAAAAAUUCUUAAAUACGUCGUGUCCCAAAACUGUGAUGGUCUCCAUCUGCGUUCAGGGCUGCCGAGAACCGCUCUGUCGGAGGUGCACGGCAACAUGUACGUGGAGGUGUGCAAGUCCUGUAAGCCUCAUAAGGUCUAUUGGAGACUAUUUGAUGUGACGGAGAACACUGCAAGAUACUCACACAAGACCAGUCGGAAAUGUUACUUAUGUAACGCUGCCCUGGAGGACACAAUCGUGCAUUUCGGCGAGAGAGGCAGCUUGCAGUGGCCACUCAAUUGGCAGGGCGCCUGUAAGAACGCCAAGAGUGCCACCACUAUACUUUGUCUUGGAUCAAGUCUUAAGGUUUUGAAAAAGUACCCUUGGUUAUGGCAAAUGGAUAAGCCGGCAAAACGGCGUCCGAACCUCUACAUCGUCAAUCUUCAGUGGACGCCAAAGGAUGAUUGCGCCAACGUGAAGAUUCACGGUAAAUGCGAUAGGGUGAUGAGGAUAGUCAUGGAAAUGUUGGGUAUAAGUGUGCCCACCUAUGAUGAGAGUAAAGAUCCAAUCUACGCCCACGCGUCCACUUUGCAGGAGCUGGAACUUCACACCACCACUCAACCGAUGUUGAAACAAAGUGCGGACGAAAAAAAAUUAGACCAGAAACAUCACACGGAUUCCAAUGGACAAGUACAAAACUUUAGUAUUAAAGACUGUCUUAGUGGUAAUAAUGAUCUCAAUCAUCCCUUAACUAAUUCUUUUUCACAAAACUGUGAUACUAGUAGCAAUAGUUCCAAAGCCGGUAAACCUUCAAACCAGUGUCUUCCGAAUAAUGUUAGUGUCCACACUAGUUCGUUUACGAUAGACAGUAUAUUGCAAUCCAACGGUGUUCAUGAACGACAUAUACCUCAAGAGCCACUGAAUAACAGAUUUAACGCGGAAUUGUCUCUCUUAAGUUACGAUUUGUUUCGACGGCAGAUUCUCGGUCAAUACACCGAUUUUCUCUUGUACCCUUACCAAACUAGUUUUCUUUACUCUGGUCUUCACAGCAUCAUUAAUCCACCAACUUUUUUUAAGGAGGAAGAAAUAGAUACCAAGCCAAUAAAACAAGAGAGCGAUGUAAAACCCGCCUGCAUGUUCUGUAACGUUCAUUAUGAAUCUGUGGUAUGUUUAUUUUAUCCCAAGACAGAUCCGGUAUUUGUUAACCAACAGUUCAGGUACAGCAAAAUCGAGUCCAAAGAUAAACCGAAUGUUUGCGUUUGUUGCGAUUACACUACGGAAGAAGAGGAUGAAGACGUUUCCAGCGACAAGGAUGUGAACUCCAUAGAGAAGGAACAAUUGAAAAAUAAAAUUCAAGCGGGUUGGUUUGGGAAGGGCUACAAAAAAUACAAGCAGCGGUACAAGAGAAGAUCCGUUUGAGACAACAGUAUUAAAUUAUUUUUUUAAUGGUUCUGUUUUGACUGUAUUUUUUUAUGUACCUUAUUAUUUGCGUGAUUUCUUUUUUAAAUAAAGUCCAUCUUUUUUA